AUGCUUGCGACGCCACAAUUGAAUGAUUGGAGGGACGCCUCUCGUGAGGAUUCAAUGAAUCAAGAUGAGUCGUUUACAAGUGGAAAUGCUUCCAGCAACGCCAAUGACGAGAAUGAUUCACCUGGCCCCGAGUUCAAUAAUAAGCGAAUUAUUCUUCAAAAAUUUACGAUCUACAACUCAGCACUGACCAUGUACAUUGUAGGCAGCAAUGCAAAGGAGAGCCUUUUCAGGAUCAUCGAAAUAUCUAGUGGAGCUACAAUAGAUGAUCCUUUGGGAAUAUUGGAAGAUACGAGUUACUUUUAUACCAGAAAAGAUAUGAUUGAACUCAUUCACGGAUUGGAUGAGUCAAUUGAAGGGGGUAUACACAGAAUAGCACAAGCAGCUGGAUUAGUGGGGCUAAUCAAAUUCACAAAGGGUUACUAUCUUUCAAUAAUCACAAAGUGUAGUCAAGUUGCUGUAAUUGGUGGACACUUCGUUUAUCACGUGGAUGAAACGAAACUUAUACCUUUGGAAUUUAACUACAGAAGGCCUGAAAAGUACAGUGAUGAAGAGAAGUUGUUGUCAAUAUUCAAAUACUUAGAUUUAGGCAAGACAUUCUAUUUCAGCUACACAUACGAUCUCACGAACUCACUUCAAACAAAUUUUUUGAGAUACAAGAGAGCUGCAAAUGACAAAUUAAGGCAGCAUGAGGAAGACGCAAUAUUUGGUCAUAAUGAAAGAUUCGUCUGGAAUAAUCUCCUUCUCGAUCCAGUUCUCAAGCAAUCAGAGAUUGCCACCUAUGAGUGGUUUCAGCCUAUCAUACACGGUUUCAUUGACCAAGCUAAUAUCUCUAUAUAUGGCCGCAAGAUUUACAUAACAAUAAUUGCUAGAAGGUCUCACCAUUUUGCUGGUGCAAGAUUCUUGAAGAGAGGCGUCAACGAUCGGGGAAACGUCGCUAAUGAGGUCGAAACCGAACAAAUAGUAUCUGACAUGUUGACAACUUCGUUUCAUGAUCCUAAAUAUGGGUUUUUCUCCAGUCCUCGUUUCACUAGUUUUGUGCAACACCGAGGCUCGAUUCCCUUGUAUUGGACGCAAGAUUUGAAUAGGUUGCCUAAACCACCUAUUGAAAUUAAUCUAUCUGAUCCGUUCUAUCAGAGCUCAGCAUUGCAUUUCAAUAAUUUGUUCAAGAGGUACGGUCUGCCUAUCAUAAUCUUGAAUUUAAUAAAGACAAAGGAAAAGCAGCCUCGUGAGCUGAAUCUUAACAUGCAUUUCGAAAAUUGCAUAAAGUACUUGAAUCAGUUCUUGCCCCUUGAAAAGAAAUUGGAAUAUUACUCGUUCGAUAUGUCGAAGCACUCUAAAAAAAACCUUGAUGUCAUUGGUCCGCUACAAGAGAUUGCAAAAUCAUCCAUAGCGAGAACAGGGUUUUUUCACAAUGGAGUGACUACCCAAUCGACGAAAAUUCAGCGUGGAAUUGUGAGAACAAACUGCAUCGACUGUCUUGAUAGAACAAAUGCUGCACAGUUCAUUAUUUGCAAGGAAGCAUUAUCAUAUCAACUCCAAAGCCUAGGAUUCAUAAGUCGAUCCACCGAUUUGGAUUAUGACUCUGAUUUGAUUAAUAUUUUGACAGAAAUAUUUCACGAUCACGGUGAUACGAUCGCUGUACAAUACGGAGGAUCUAACCUCGUAAAUACAAUGGAUUCCUAUCGAAGAAUUAAUCAAUGGUCUUCCCAUACGAGAGAUAUUCUAAACAGUAUCAAAAGAAUUUACUCCAAUUCUUUCAUGGAUCUGAUUCGACAGGAAGCAAUCAACCUAUUCUUGGGAAAUUACAUUUAUGAUCCUAAUACACCGAAGCUUUGGGAAUUGCAAAACGAUUAUUACUUACACAACAAUAAUCUCGUCUUGGAUUUUCGGACAAAAGUGAGCUAUCAGAGAUGGUACAAUGAACAUUACUUGAAAGUCGAACAUACUGAUGAACAGAAUCCACAGAACACUUAUUACGCAAAGGAUUUUGCAAAACUUGAAUCAUUCCCGGAAUACAAUGAUAAUUGGUUCAAUGAAUGUUAUGUUCCGAGGAAAUAUCAGUCAUUUUCCAACUUAUUCCAGUUUAACAUGAAUUCCAAUGUGAGAUAUUUUCCUUCAAAUUCAAACACCACGCCAAAAAACUUCGACUACAGCCCUUUCGAAUCUAGAAAGCCAUACUUCAAAAACCGAGGUACAGAUAAUCUCGAAUCUUUCAUUGGCGUUGAAGUUGCUGACUCAUCUGAAAAACAGUGUGAAUCAACAACAUCUGAGCAAACCAAAAGUCAAGUUUCGCAUUCUCAGAAUUCGAAUUUACCAACCAGUCCAAAAAGGUUUCGCAGUUUCAUAACGACAAGGAUACAUAGCUUGCGUACACCAUAUCAGACAGGGUCGAACCUUCAAAUAAGCGAAGUAUCAUCCAUUACAUCCGCUGUCCGCGAUGAAAAUAUCGAGCUAGAAAUAGAGGCUUCCCAACGCGACAUUCGACUCUAUAGCGAACAAUUUCAUCCACCAACGAUGCCCACCGUGAAUAAUACUUCUUAUGCCAGAAAUAUUUUUACAUCGAGAAUGACCAAUGAGGACAAUAAGCUUUAUUCGCGUACAACGUUACGUAUUCCAAGUGAUCAAAUCCGUGCAAGUGAGCCAACAAAUAUCCAAUCAUCCGAUAUCAAGUUAUACUGGCAGUACUUGGAUCAGAUCAACACCAAUAACUUGGAAACCCAAGACAAUUAUUUCUACUGA